AUGUGGUCACCAUGGCUGAAAUCACCGAGCAGGGUGCACACAAACAAACCAGCGCGGUCACAGAGGAGCUUUUCCUGCUCAUCCUUCAAAGACAUCCAAAACCUCUGCAAACCCGAACCCGAAUCCGAGGUCCUAAGCCCGCGGAGCGCUUCCAUUUUGCACCGGGUCAAAAUAUCCACCUCAGUCCUUCGCUUGUGGGCCCACCGAAACGCGACUCCACCAGACGCCGACCAGCGCGUGGUAAUCUACUACACCAGCCUCCGCGUCGUCCGCAGGACCUUCGAGGACUGCAAAGCCGUCCGAUCCAUUCUCCGCGGAUUUCGCGUCCCCAUCGACGAGCGAGAUCUGUCUAUGGACGGGAAGUUCCUGGACGAGCUGCAGGUGAUUACAGGGAACAAGACCCUGACUCUGCCGAUGGUUUUCAUUGGCGGGCUCUUCAUUGGUGGGGCCGAGGAGGUCAUACAGCUCCACGACAGAGGAGAAUUGAAGAGGCUGAUCGAACGGCUACCAGUGGUAGACUCCAGAGCGUGCGAUUUGUGUGGAGGGCUGAGAUUUGUUCUCUGUCAGACGUGUGAUGGGAGCCAUAAGGUCUAUUUUGAGAAGAUUGGGUUUAAACCUUGUACCGCAUGCAACGUCAACGGUCUGAUUAUGUGCCCUUCGUGUGCUCCGGUGCGGCGGCGCCACAGAGAAUUCUAG